AUGGCGGUGUUACUCUGCCUAUUAGUGUCUGUGAUAGCUGUUAACCGUAUUCGAGGUUUGGCGUUGAACCUCAGUGGACCUGGUAAUGCUGUACUGAAUGAAGCCUACACCUUCCAGUGCUAUGUGUCACCAGCAGAUGAGAUCCAGGGUCCUGUUGGUUUCACUACAAAAGGAUCUUCUGUUUGUACAGUUCUGUCAAACUGUCGUCUAGUCGGUGCUGUUCUUGGUUACUCCUGUGGAUGUGCUGGUGACAGUGGAACAACCAGAAUCUACAACAUGACAAUAAGCAGUGUCACGCUGAGAGAUGAAGCCGACUGGACAUGUAUACACACAGAUGAUAUUAGCAACAGUUUGCAUUUAACAGUUCUAUAUGCCCCUGAUGUGACCGUUACUGGCCAGGCUACCGUUGAAGGAAACACAAUGACCGUCAUCUGUGAAGCUGUGGGGAAGCCUGCCUCCUAUACAUUCCAUGGUUUCAGUCACAGCUGGAGGAAUCAGUUCAUCAGAACGGUGAAUGGUACUAAAGUGGAACCAGACACAUACGUGUGGACAGUACAGUCUGCUAGUUAUGAAGAUUCUGGUGACUACCAGUGUUCCGUGGACAAUCAGAUUCCAGACAGAAACAACACUGUGAUUCAAAUUAAUACAACCUCAGUUCUUGUGAAGGGGAAACCAAUCAUCACACUGGAGAGCGAGAGUGGCGAUAUUAUUUACGAAGAAAUUGGUCAACAGGUUACGAUGUAUAAAACAGUGUUUUCACAAGGAAACAUAAGCAAAUACCAGUGGACGAAGGAUAAUGAAAUUCUUAGUGGUAAAUUAACAGACACAGACAUCAGAGAAACAAAGAUCACAUUGAGUUUGUUUGAGAAGAUCAAUGUCACUGACACUGGCUACAAUAUCACACUGACGAUCAAGACGUUCCAGGAGACUGAUGAAGGCCGAUACAGACUUGAAGUGUGCAACACGUUCAAGUGUGCAACAUUCAUCACUGAUCUCAUUGCUGCAGGUCCACCUUCCGUGCCAAGUUCAUUCUCAGCAUAUGACUCAACAUCUGACGCUGUGUUUCUAACAUGGAUAGCGGGCUUCCCUGGUGGACAGUACACACAAAGGUUUCUGGUGGAGUUCAAAGAAGCAGGACGAGGAACCGAGUGGACACAACAGUGGUACAACGAUCACGCUGCCAGGAAUCAGAAAAUCUACAUGAAUAUCACUGGACUUCAUCCAGGACGGGUUUAUGUUUUUCGUCUUUUGGCAGAAAAUACAAGAAAGCACAGAAACCGCAGUCCAUUUACAUCAGAACUAACCAUGAAAACUAAAGAAAGAUGUUUUCCACCAGCCUCACCGGACAAGCUGAGUGGGGAAGUUGGAAUUGCAGUAGGCAUUGUGAUUGGGAUUGCUAUUUCAGCCUUAGCAGUGACAGUCUUUGUUAUUUUGUGGAGGCGUGGAUACAUAUGUACAUCUUCAAACGCGGAUAAACAGAAAGCUGACAUGAUUGUAUAUGAAGAUAUGUCUCUGGAUGGUAGAGGACGUGAAGCCAGUAAUGAAGUCUCUACCUCGCACCAAGAAACAAACACAUACGAGGGACUAGGACCCCGAGAAGCUACGCCAUAUGCCGAAUUGGAAAUCCAUGAACAUUUUAAGAACUGAAAUAUAAACAUGUACAUUUGAAAGUAUGUUAAAAAUCUAUGAGUUUGAUUAUAUUAAUGUCCGUUUAUAUUCCCUAAUUUGUCUUUAUCUUGUUUUGAAAAUCUAGAGUUUGUUACAUGUUUUAUUGUACAUCUGUAGUAUUGUUUUUAACGAUGAUGUCUCCAUAUUCAUCUGCAUGC